AUGGGAGAUACUGUAGUUGAAACAGCACCUGGAGACGAAAAUGAUGACAGCUGGUUGUAUGGUGAAUCAACUGGUGACCAAGUGGGAGAUAAAUCGGCAGAAGAAGGUGAAAAAGGACAAGAACAGACUGAUGCAGCUCAAGGCGCUGCUGAAGGCGAAGAAAAAGAGGUUGAAGAAAAUGAAGCCACCAAUGAUGACUCGCACUUCAGUGAUGAACACUUUGCGGAUGUAGGACGAGAUGGCGAGGAUCAGAAUGGUGAUGCGGAUAGUCAAAACAAUGGGGAUUCUGAUUCUGAUGACAGUGAUGAUAUUAAAGUUACUAUUGGAGAGAUCAAAUCAGGUCCACAGGCUUAUGGCAGUCUUAAUAUCAAACGUGGUGUCGGUUUAGUAGCCACAGGGGCCGCAGACAAACCUCGAGCGACUGCAAUUACUGGAGGUAAAGUGACACAAGAAGAUUUAGAAGGACCUGGCAGUAUUAAUGGUGUUCCUGCAUUGGAGUUCAAUAUUGACACAAUUGAAGAUAAGCCCUGGAACAAACCUGGUGCUGAUAUAUCAGAUUAUUUUAAUUAUGGAUUUAAUGAAGUAACGUGGAGUGCUUACUGCGAGCGUCAGCGUCGUAUGCGAGUCAACGAAGCUGGCGUUGGUCUGCACGUCGGUGUGGCGCCGCGACCGCCUCCGCCAGACAUGAGGCGACCACUUGGUCCAGGCCGAAUGGAUGAAAUGCCACCACCAAUGUCAAACAAUUAUCAAGCUAGAGAAAACACCAUACAGGUGAUGACAGCUGAACGGAGAGAGUACGGCCGAAGUGGUCACCAGCGAGACAUGGGAGCGCCAGAGUACUUCGGACCGCCGCCAAACGAACACUACUAUCAACCACCACCACAUGCACCUUACGAAGAACCUUGGGGUCACCCUGAACAGACAGGUUGGGCUCCAAGCGAGAUAAAGGAGCUAACACCUGGGCCCAUGGGUCCUCCCGCCCUGGGCCCGCCCAUGAUGGGGCAGCCUCUGGGCCCGCCGCACAUGAGCGGGCCCCCUCACAUGUUGCAAGCGCCGCCCUUCGCGCCACCUUACCGCCAGCACCCGCCGCCACACAUGCACGACAGAGAACGCGAUAGGGACCGCGACAGGGAUCGGGAGCGCGAGAGGGACAGAGACAGGAUGAGGGAGAGGGAAGAAAGGGAAAGGGGCCACCGUGAUAGACGUGAAGACGAGGAUAGAGAAAGGGAUAGAGAAAGAGACCGCUCGCGAUCCAUGAAACCAGAUCGUAUUAGGGAGAAAUCGUACAGGCGAGAUAGAUCACGCUCGAGAUCGCGACGUCACAAAUCCCGGUCUCGUUCGCCCCGGCUCCGGGAACGAUCCCGGGAGCGGGAACGUUCACGGGAAAGAGAACGAUCCCGAGACAGAGAACGCAGUGUCAAACCUAAGAAAGACAAGGAAAAAGAAGAGGAAAAGUAA